AUUUAAUCAGCCAAUACUUGGAACAAAAAGGACAAAGAUGAUGUCAAGACAGGCCUUUCUCUGCAGUCUGGGCUCUCUGUAUUUGUCCCUUCUGUUUGUGUUUCUUCUCAUGGAUGUUUAUGCAAGGCCUGCAAAUAAUUCAGCCCUCAAAGAAAAGCCAGCAGACAGUAAAGAUGAGAAUGAGAUCUUGCCCCCAGAUCACUUGAAUGGGGUCAAGAUGGAGAUGGAUGGGCAUCUGAACAAAGAGUUUCAUCAAGAAGUUUUUCUAGGAAAAGAGAUGGAAGAGUUUGAGGAAGAUUCAGAACCCAGAAAAAACAGGAAGAAGCUCAUGGUCAUCUUUUCAAAGGUGGAUAUAAACAAUGAUAAAAAGAUAGGUGCAAAGGAGAUGCAGCGCUGGAUCAUGGAGAAGACAGAUGAGCAUUUCCAAGAAGCUGUGGAAGAGAAUAAAAUGCACUUCCGAGCUGUGGACCCUGAUGGUGAUGGUCAUGUGUCCUGGGAUGAAUACAAAGUUAAAUUUUUGGCAAGCAAGGGCUUUAAUGAAAAAGAGAUUGCAGAGAAGAUCAAAAACAAUGAAGAGCUGAAAAUAGAUGAAGAAACACAGGAAGUUUUAGAUAACCUGAAAGAUCGGUGGUACCAAGCUGACAACCCACCUCCUGACCUGUUGUUGAAUGAAGAAGAAUUCUUGUCCUUUCUUCAUCCAGAGCAUAGCAGGGGAAUGCUGAAGUUCAUGGUGAAAGAAAUCAUCCGAGAUCUGGAUCAAGAUGGGGAUAAGAAGCUUACCCUGUCAGAGUUCAUUUCAUUGCCUGUUGGCACUGUGGAGAACCAGCAAGCUCAAGAUAUUGAUGAUGACUGGGUAAAAGACAGAAGGAAGGAAUUUGAGGAAGUCAUUGAUGCUAAUCAUGAUGGUAUUGUCACAAUGGAAGAACUGGAGGAAUAUAUGGAUCCUAUGAAUGAAUAUAAUGCCCUAAAUGAAGCAAAGCAGAUGAUAGCAGUAGCAGAUGAAAAUCAAAACCAUCACUUAGAGCUGGAGGAGAUCCUGAAAUACAGUGAAUACUUCACAGGGAGCAAGCUGAUGGACUAUGCACGUAAUGUCCACGAGGAAUUCUGA